ACCCAGCUUGAAACUUGCUGCCAAAGCUUGCUGGCUGAUUCCUGUAGCGAGAAAGCGCAGGGUGACAGCUAGUUGCUCUGCCUCACUCACAGGUGCGCUGUGUGACUUGUCAUGCUGGAUGUGGGGGGCCACCCGGCGAAGCAAGUUAUCGAAUGCCCCGGCGGACAUCUUGAAGUACUGGAAAUGGCGCUCGUCAAUUUCUCUCAUCGGCAGUACUAGAGAAAAUAAUUCUCCGUCCUCCAGUUGUGAUGUAUUUAACGGCCUCACCGACCACCGCCUCCUACAACGCUGCCUCUGUUUUUGUCUUUUAUGCAAGAGAGCUCUUCAAAGCCUCGGCAGGCAGAUGGCAAAAUCCAAAUCACCUGUGGAGCCGUGACUGACGGUGCCAAGAGGGAGCCAGGGUGCUGAAGUUCGGCCUCAGCACGUCAGCAGAGGAAUUAAGUUGUUUUAUUUAAUACAGAAGGGAGAUCAGCAACUUGCCAGGAGAGCUUACUGUGGAUGCUGCUCUAUACUUGUCCUGAGAUAAAGAAUCGAUGAAGCAGUGGGUGUGGGGGAUGUCUGCAGCCAGUUAUGUCAUCUUAAUCAGAUAAAUGUGACUUGGCCACUUGACUACAAGAAGAAAAAAAUCAAGAAGCUCAGGGGUUCACGAGUGCUGCUGUGGCUCCGCCUCAGGUUGAUCCAUCUUAAUUGACUUAUCUCAACAAGUGGAGGCUGAUUUCUUCUGCUGCUCACAGACAGAUCAUCACUGUCUGUCCUGGACUCCUCAGCUGAUCACACAGCAUAUGCUUCUGUGGACUGAACUGUAGGCCAGGACCAGGAUCAAGAAGGAUACUGCAGCCACUCCAGAGGAAUAGUCUUCUGUUUACCUCUUUGACAGAGUAGAGGAGGUGACUCCCUAGGUUGAAUCUGUGAGUUAAUUGCCCUAGAAGAGCUCAAGGGCUACAAGUUCACACUUAGCUCUAAAGCAUCACCAACAACAUCAACAAUGGGUAACAGCAAGAGCGGCGCUGUGUCUAAAGAGAUCCUGGAGGACCUGAAACUCAACACCAAGUUCUCAGAGACUGAGAUUGUCCAGUGGUAUGAAAACUUCAAGAGGCAGUGUCCAACAGGGCGCAUCACAAAAGAGGAGUUUCAGAGCAUCUACAGCAAGUUCUUCCCAGAAAGUGACGCCCAAACAUACGCCCAGCACGUCUUCCGCUCCUUCGACACAAACGACGAUGGCACACUGGACUUCAAGGAGUACAUCAUUGCUCUCCACAUGACAUCAACAGGGAAGACCACCAGGAAACUGGAAUGGGCCUUCUCGCUGUUUGACGUGGACAAGAAUGGAUACAUCACCAAGUCAGAGGUCAAGGAAAUCUGCUCGGCGAUUUUCAAGCUGAUUCCUAAAGAUGAGCUGAAUAGUCUAGCUGAUGAUGAAAACACAGCCGAGAAGAGGGCAGACAAACUCUGGACAUUCUUUGAAAAGGCUGAUAAUGAACGAGUGGCAGAGGGAGAGUUUAUCCAGGGAGUGUUGGAUAAUGAGGACGCCCUUCGUUUGAUUCAGUACCAGCCUUCGAAGUAACACUCUCCUAGAGAUUCAUUAUAUCUCUCUCCAGUCCUGUCAUUUCCACUUUACCCUUUACUCUGCUAAUGCAAUGACACCUGACAGCACCUUCACAAAUGUGAACACACAGCAGGUGUGACGAUAACGCCCCAUCGCUCCAAAUUAAUGAUGCAGAAUCACCUCCAGGGUUUAAUAGCAUUUGUUACCGAUGUAUGUGUGCCGCCUGAACAGCUUUCUUCAUCAUACAGGAAAUUAAAAAAAUGUUAAAAACUCCACGAUGACUACUGUCUGUCUACCACAAAGUAGACAGUAAUAUCCCCUCAUACAUGACCUAAUUGACAUUUCCCCACAAAUAAAUAAAAUGUGCAUAUGCGUUUCCUGCUAAGUUUAGCCUCCUUUAGAUGGAGCACAUACAUUAUUUCUGAAACUGUCAAUGUUUAGUUUACAUUUCUUAAGAAAAAUGUAAUAAUGGUGUGUUUUAGCAACUCAAGCACACAUUUUAAUAUGAUAACAUGUCAUGUGCUUUAGUUAAGUAACAUUACCAUGAAAUAUGUUGUUUUUCUUUCUCUUUUGGGCAGCCAAUGAUGGUCUCUGUAGUCUCUGGGAUGUUUUUUAAAACCCUGACCAACAUGUAAAUGCAGCGAGGUGUAACUGUAUCUGGGCCCUUCCUGUUGUCUAAUUUUGUGUCUUUUACAGUGUUCAAUUCAUCCAUGUGGCACAGUCGUACAUGUUUGAUGUUCUAGUUAAGUGGUGCACUCUGGGGAAUAGGUUGUUCAUGUACAACAACAUGUAAAACUAAGUGUUGGUCCCAGAUUUCCCUUUACGAUAAAUUCAAUAAAACAAACCCAUGAAAUUGUAAUAAAA